GGAUUACGAAAGGCUGAUUGUUACCUCCUUCACUCACGACCCCAUGUCGCGCUCGACUAGAAUCAAGAUUCUGCUUGCGAUAGAUGUUGUUUUUUUCUUUGUCGAGCUCAUCUCUGGUUAUGCCGUCGGCUCACUAGCCCUCGUAGCGGAUAGCUUCCAUAUGCUCAACGAUGUUAUGAGUCUGAUCGUGGCGCUCUACGCUAUCAAACUAACGGAAGAGAACGAAAGCGACUCGCGAUACUCAUAUGGCUGGCACCGUGCCGAAAUCCUUGCGGCGCUGGUGAACGGUGUAUUCCUACUUGCACUGUGUUUUUCCAUCUUUUUGGAGGCCUUGGAACGUUUCUUCAGCACGCCAGGUGCUCAUUUGCCUAUCAUCGAGGUCGCAGCUUACACAUGGUUAGAAAAAUCUAAUCCGCAGUUGGUCGUCAUCGUCGGAACGCUCGGUCUGGCGUCAAAUAUCGUUGGGCUGUUUCUAUUCAUGAACACUCACACGGGCAUUCGCAUUCGCAUGGCGAUAUCAAGUCCAAUGGUUCUCCGCGAAUUGCCGCAUCUUCUGUCAGCUCCAACUACCGUCAGACCUGGGCUGGAGUCCGAAGAAUCGGAUUAUGCACUCGCUGGCCAUCCUGUCAUGACGCGCGCGGCCAUCGUGCAAGGACAUGGCUCGUCAACGGUCACUUCGCCACCCAGAUCCCAUGUCCGAACAAUGUCGCUGGAAGGCCCGCGAUCCCGCUCUCAUUCGCUUUCCCAUGGCCCGUCUGAAAACACGCCACUGCUCGGCUCCGCCCAUGAGAACAGGCUCACGAAGCACACCCACGGACACGACACGGCCACGACCAUGGUCACGGCCACUUCAUUCGCAUGCAGGCUCGAUGAAUAUGCGAGCACUUGUCUUGCACGUGCUGGGAGACGCUCCGGUAAUGUCGGCGUCAUUGCGAUGGAUGAUCAUCUGGCGCACAAAUUGGCAAUUCAAAACUACUUCGACCCCGUCAUCAGUUUGGUUAUCGCUAUCAUCAUCUUCUCUUCGUCUCUUCCAUUGGUCCGCAGCGCUGCUUUUGUCCUACAGGGUGUUCCCUCCACUGUUUCCUCGAAGAAGUUCGAGAGGCUAUUCUCGCGUCCCUGGUGUGUUGGGUCUGCAUGAGCUCCACAUUUGGCAAUUAUCCGAGUCAAAAAACAUUGCCUCCGUCCAUUUUGGUUUCAACCAAAGUCGAUUUCAUGCCGAUAGCCGCCAUAUUCGCAUGACUCUUCAUAUCACGGCAUUCACUCUUGCACGAUCCAACCGGAAUACAACCCUACCGGACCUUCCGAGCACGUGGUCAAGUCCUCUGAGGAUACGUCGUGUCUGGUACAGUGCCCACCGGAUCAAGCUUGCAAUCCACAAGACAAUGCUGCUGUCCUCCUCCUCCGGCAGUCGUGUAGCCAGCCUUCAAUAAUCGUUAUAGCCCGGGCAAGAACUGUAACAUACAGCACAUAAUAUUAACAGUAUUAUCAUUGUCACCAGUUCAGUAGCUCAAAUCUCUGUGCACAUCCAAGCCCGUAACAAUACUUGCUAGUGGGAGCG